AUGAAUAUGUUGGAUGAUGAAGAUGACCAAAGCUUUCACGCUUCGCGUGACGGCUACUCCCAUUUGGGCGAUGUCGAAUGGGAUGCGGUUGAACGAAUGGGUUCGACCAUGGGCAUCCAUGCUGUUAGCGUCAUGCUAGAGGCUCUCAAUAGAGAUGCCCAACAUGCUACUAUCGCCCAGUUCACUCAAAAUGAACUUGACGCAGAACGCGAGAAAGUAGCCUUGCUUCACCAACAGGGUUCUCAACAAGCAGAGCUGUUGAGAGAACAGGGUGCUCAACAGUUUGAACUUUUGAGACAGCAGCAGGCUGCUGCUGGUGGGUCGAUGCACUCGCGUCGACCCGAGACCUUGAAGAUUGACAUCUCCAAGCAUAGGAGAGUCGAAGAGGACUCCCUCUUGAGAUGGUUCGUCGAAUUUGACGACGCCAUAAGGGCGCGUCGAAUUGACGACGGGGAUAUGCAAGUUGCAUUUGCUCAAUCAAAUCUGACAGGACGCGCCAAGACUUGGGCUUUGGGGCUCAAGUUGCACGACCCAUAUGCGUUUGAGUUGUUAGAAGUCUUCAAGUCGCGGCUCAGACAAACGUUUGAACCGCCUAGAGCUGAGAUCAGAGCUCGAACUGAACUCUUGAAGCUCAAGCAAAGGUAA